AAGGAACUCCCGGCAGGUACGUGAGUUUCUGGGAACGGCAGGAUUCUGCCGGCUGUGGAUACCUGGGUUUGCGGAGCUGGCCGCUCCCUUGUACAUGUUAACGAAGGAAAAAAACUCCUUCAUCUGGGGAAAAGAACAACAACGGGCUUUUGAUUGCAUUAAAGAGGCCCUCCUAACGGCACCGGCCCUGGGACUGCCUGAUGUCACAAAACCAUUCACACUGUAUGUGGAUGAGGCCAAAGGAAUUGCAAAAGGAGUAUUGACUCAGUCCCUAGGCCCUUGGAGACGACCGGUUGCCUACCUUUCAAAGAAACUAGAUCCAGUGGCCUCAGGGUGGCCCCCUUGCCUGCGCAUGGUAGCAGCUAUUGCGACCCUGCUCAGGGACGCAAACAAACUAACCCUGGGACAGAAAGUCACAAUAAUAGCUCCACAUGCUGUGGAGUCGGUUGUCCGCCAACCGCCAGACAGGUGGCUUUCAAACGCCCGCAUGACUCACUACCAGGCUUUGCUCUUAGCUCCUGAACGCAUUACUUUUGGACCAGUUGCUACGCUCAAUCCCGCUUCCCUAUUGCCGGAGCCGGGAACGGCCAAGGAUGCCCCCCAUGACUGCUCCCAGAUUCUGGCCGAAGUUCAUGGGACUCGUGAAGAUCUAACUGACCAGCCUCUACCAGAUGCGGAGGUAACCUGGUUCACAGAUGGCAGCAGCUAUGUCACCGAAGGAACUCGGCGGGCAGGAGCAGCAGUGGUGAGUAACAAUGACUCCAUAGUCUGGGCCAGUGCCCUAGAGCCAGGGACGUCGGCCCAGCGAGCUGAACUAAUAGCCCUCACAAAGGCUCUAGAACUGGCGGCGGGAAAAGUAGCAAACAUCUAUACUGACAGUAGGUAUGCUUUUGCUACGGCCCAUGUGCACGGUGAGAUUUAUCGCAGAAGGGGCCUCUUAACUUCAGGAGGACGAGAAAUAAAGAACAAGCAAGAGAUAAUAAACCUCUUGAGGGCACUAUUCCUUCCAAAAAGACUGAGCAUUAUUCAUUGUCCGGGCCACCAAAAAGGAACAGAUCCAGUAGCUAGAGGAAAUAGACUGGCAGACCAGACUGCAAAAACUGUUGCCACUGAGCCAAUCUCAGCCCUACCCCUGGAAAUAAACUCAAAAAUGGGACCCGAAGAGACCAGGCAAAACACAGAUGACAUAGUCUGCAACUGGGGAGUUCCAUUUAAAUAUACUGAUAAUGACAGAACUCUCAUUAAAGAACUCGAAGGGGAAUGGGAUGCUAAGUGCAAAGCAUGGAAAAAAGGAGACAAGGUCAUCCUGCCCUAUCGCAUAGCUACUGAAAUCAUUGAACACCUCCACCGCCUCACUCAUUUGAGCCGGAGAAAAAUGCACGCUCUACUUGCAAAUGAAAAAUGCCCGUUUAUAACUCCUGACCUGCAGUUUCUUACUCAAAUUACAGUGGACCAAUGCAAGCCUUGUGCCCAGGUAAACGCAGGGCGACUAAAACUCCCCCAAGGAGCCCGUGCCCGAGGACACCGACCGGGAAUACAAUGGGAAAUAGACUUUACUGAAGUAAAACCGGGACUGUAUGGUUAUAAAUAUCUCUUAGUUUUUGUAGACACCUUUUCAGGCUGGGUAGAAGCCUACCCCACGAAGAAUGAAACGGCCACGACAGUCGUUAAAAAACUCCUUGAAGAAAUUUUUCCCCGGUACGGAUUGCCGCAAGUAUUAGGGUCAGAUAACGGUCCCGCUUUCGCCUCCCAGGCGCAUCUCCAGGCUCUCAGAGCAGUGAGAGAGUACAUCUGGAAACCGCUUGCAGAGGCCUACAAGGACAAAGACAUUCCACCGUGCCCUCACCCGUUCAAGGAAGGAGACCAGGUGUAUGUCCGGAGACACCAGGCAAAAACCUUGGAACCACGGAGCCGUCACAGGCUGCAGGAGGCGGUUCCUGCCCCGUGGAAGGCACAGCCGCAGAUCCCCGACAGCGCUCUGCUCUCACUCAGGCCAGCACGCCGGGCUCAAAGCCUACACAUGGGUUUGCAUCUGCACGACUCGCCAGGGAAGUGGAGCUACAGGGAGAAGAAAAUGGCCAGUGAGAGCUUCUGUGACUGCAUGAGUGUGAAAAAGUGUGGGCGUGUGGGCGUGAGCCUCUGUGAACACGAGUGGCCUGCACUCUCCUCCCACGUGGAGGAGUUGAAGGAGCUGAGCCUGGACGCGACCCCGCAGCAGGGGUCCUCACUAGAAUCCGACGAGAGACCUGACAAGUGGGCCGCUGAUGCUGUCACCUGCUCACCUCCAAGCCAGGGCAGCCUGUCCAUGCGACUGCCUCUGUCGCUGCCCCGGUCCUCGUAG